AUGUCAAAUGCUGAUCCUGAAGCAAUUUUUUCUGCAAUUCCUCAGCAAAAUGCAACAGAGAAGCCUAUGAGCAAGCCACCUCCACCAUUUCCUCAGCGAUUUCAAAAGCAGCAGCAACAUAGCAAAUUUCAAAGAUUUUUGGAUGUUUUGAAGCAACUCCCCAUCAACAUACCUCUAGUGGAAGCUUUGGAACAAAUUCCUAAUGAUGUGAAGUUCUUGAAGGAUAUUUGGACAAAGAAGAGGAGGCUUGGUGAAUUUGAAAUGGUUUCUUUGACUAAAGGUUGUAGUGCUAUUUUGAAGAAUAAAAUUCCUCCAAAUUUAAAGGAUCUAGGCAAUUUCACAAUUCCAAUUUCUAUUGGGGGACGAGAAUUGGGAAUUGGAGAAGCAAGGCCAACUACACUCACCUUGCAAUUAGCUUACCGUUCUAUGGUGCAUCCGGAGGGAAAGAUUGAAGACGUCCUAGUACAAGUUGACAAGUUCAUUUUUUCAGCGGAUUUUAUUAUUCUUGACUAUGACGAAGAUAAAGAUGUACUGAUCAUUUUGGGGAGACCAUUUCUUGCCACUGGGAGGACAUUGAUAGAUGCUGAAAAAGGAGAGCUCACCAUUCGAGCUCAAGAUGAACAAGUCACAUUCAAGGUUUUUAAUCCUAUACGCUCUCCUAAUGAAGUUGAAGCUUGCUUGGCCAUGAGUGCUUCUAACUUCAAGUUGAUUGAAAAGAUGCAUGAAAAGCAUAGCAAAGGAGUGACGAAAAAAUGUCCCUUUUGA